CUCAAUCAUGUUUGCUUCCCGCUCCGUCAUGUUUGCGCUGCUCAGCUUCCUUGCUGGCACCAAUGCGUGUAUACAGUGCCCAGCCACAGUGGGGGGCUCUAAACUAUCCAGGUACACUACAUUGCAUUGUUGGUUUAGAUCCACCACCAGCAGCAAAAUGGCAGGAGACCCGCCAUGUCCGUCUUUCGCACUUAUCAAUUGGAGAAGCCCCCCGGAAUAUGGGAAUUGUCCGAAAUAACAGGACUCCACUGUAGACCCCAAAGAACAAUAAAUUUGAUUUAAAGAAAGAAUUAAAAAACUGUGAAGAGAUGGGGGAGACGAGACACCCAACAAGAGGAGCAAUGCUCGUCCGUUGGACUAGGGGUUCCAAGG